AUGAAGGGAGAACCAGCUACACAACUGGGCUGUUGCCACAAGACCAAGGCCCUGGGGAGCAGAGGGGGCUCCCUGUCCCCCUGCCUGGACUUUCAGCUCUGCCAAAAUGACCAGGUCUUCUCAGCCUGCAGGCCACUUCCAGACACAGUGGACACUCAUGGCGCAUCCUGUGCCAGCUGGCUGUGCCCUUUGCCAUUGGCACCAGCCAGGUCAGCCCUGCUGGCCUGCCCGCAGGGCCUGGACCUGUACCUAUACACCCUGCAGCCGGCACCCCUGGGCACAGCCCCACAGGGCCUCAGAGAGGACACCUUGAGCAUGAAGCACCAGCCACCAGGGCUGCAUGCCAGCUCCACCGAUGAAGAGAAACUCACAGCCAAGUACUCACCUAGCAGGGACAAGAUGGGAAACCCGCUGGAAAGAGCUGGCGAGGGGGCACCCGGCUCAUCCUCCUCUCCUCACAACAGCUCUUCCCCAACCCCCUGGAAGAAUAGAAAGAGCCCUAGCCCUUUGGCUUUCGGCCCCUGCCCACCUCCUGCCCUCAUUUCCAAGGAGCUCCCAUUCCAUCUCCUCCCCUUCUAUGCUGGGUAUCCACUUCUCCUGCCUUCACCGUACCUAUUCACCUAUGGGGCCCUUCCUUCUGUCCAAUGUUCCCACCUCUUCAUGCUGCCCCCAAAUACCUCCUACCCCACUGUGACUGUGCCCAGCUUGCUGCGGAUGGUCAAUGAGCCUGGGCACCACAGCACCUGCGGGGAGACCCUGCUUCCUUAUCCAGGGUCCUUCCAAGCCUCUGGCCAAGCUCUACACUCCCAGGCCUGGAAUCCAAGCCCUGGAGCUGCCCCAACCUACUCCUCAGGGUUGGAGCGUGCUGGCGUGGCAGCUCCAGCAAAGCGGGCCCCGCUGGGUUCCCGGGCAGGCACAGCAGCCCUGCCGUACCCGUUGAAGAGAGAGAACGGCAAAACCCUGUAUGAGUGCAACGAGUGUGGCAAGAGCUUCGGGCAGCUCUCCAACCUCAAGGCCCACCUGCGUGUGCACAGUGGGGAGCGUCCAUUCCAGUGUGCCCUGUGCCAGAAGAGCUUCACCCAGCUUGCCCACCUGCAGAAGCACCACCUGGUGCACACUGGGGAGCGGCCCCACAAGUGCCCGAUGUGCCACAAGUGCUUCAGCAGCUCCAGCAACCUCAGGACCCACCUGCGCCUACACACAGGGGCCCAGCCUUUCCAGUGCAGUGUCUGCCAAAGUCGCUUCACCCAGCAUGUUCACCUGAAGCUGCAUCAUCGGCUGCACGCCCCACAGCCCUGCAGCCUCGCUCACUCCCACUUGCCCUUGGCCUCUCUCUCCUGCCUUGCCCAAUGGCACCAGGGAGCACUAGAUCUUGUGGCAGUGACAUCACAGAAGCAGAUGGGCUUGCAUGUGGACAAGGUCAAGAUUUCCUCAGUAUCCCAGGGAAAGCAAGGGCAGCUAGCCUGA